AUGAGUAUUGUCCGUAUCGCUUCUUCAGCCGCCACGGCCCUCUUGUACUGGUCCCAGCCCGUCAAGGCCACUGGGCUGGCCGAUAUCGACCAUGUCGUCCUCUUCAUGCAGGAGAACCGUGCGUUUGACCACUACUUUGGCACCAUGCCCGGUGUCCGUGGCUUCGCGGAUGCCAACCUGCAGAUGAAUGACGAUAAGCCUGUGUGGAACCAGGUGGUCGACUCCUCGAUGACUACCGAGGCUGACCACAUUAACCCCUGGUACCUGAACUACCUUGACGGCGACUGGAAGAACAUUACACAGUGCAUGUAUGCUGGUAGUAAUGAAUGGUCCAAGAAUCAUGCUGCCUGGAAUCACGGUACCAACGAUCAUUGGGCGAUGAACAAUACAGUCUACAGUAUCGGGUACUUUCAACAGCAGGAUAUCCCAAUCCAGUGGGCGCUUGCUGACGGCUGGGUCGUCGGUGACAUGUACCAGGAAGGCGUCGUUGCCUCAACGAGCCCUAACAGAGUAACUUGGGUUUCAGGAUCCAUCAACUCCCCAGGCAGCCCCCAGAAACCCGAUCAGGGCGGCAACCCAUACAUUGACAAUAACGAUGUACCCGGCUGCGAUUAUGGACGCAUCAACUGCUACCCGCUCAAAUGGAAGACGACGGGUGAAAUGUUUGAAAACGCCAACGUCUCCUGGACCGUCUUCCAAGACACCAACGAUAACUUUAACGACAACCCUUACGCUUGGUUUGGCCAGUUUCAGGAUGCCCCCGAGUCUUCUCCGCUAUAUCAGAAGGGUAUGGUUGGCUCUUCCAUGGACUCGUUCUACGAGCGCGCUGCCAACGGCACCCUUCCGGAGCUGUCGUACAUCAUCGGCCCCACGGUUCUUUCUGAACAUACCCCGUACAUGCCCAAAGAUGGUGGCUGGCUACAGCGCAAGAUUGCCGACGCCAUCAUUAAGUCGCCCAAGUACAACAAGACGGCCCUCAUCUACUCUUAUGAUGAAACCGGUGGUUGGGCUGACCACGUUGAUCCCUUCCGCUCCCCCGAAGGCACGGCUGGCGAGUGGCUGGAUGACCCCUAUGGCGAAGUCGGCUACACCUUCACCGGCCCCGGCUACCGCGUGCCCUUUUACAUCAUUUCUCCUUGGACACGCAACGGCGGUGUCUACACUGAGCAUAGCGAUCACAACUCGCAGAUCCUCUUCCUUGAGAAGUGGCAGGAGGCCAAGGGCCGCGACGUCAAGACUGAUGAGAUGGUACCAUGGCGCCGCGAAAACAUGGGCGACCUCGUCAAUGCGUUUGACUUUACCAACCCUGACUAUGAGGUUGUCGAGCUUCCUGAUACUCCCGAGCCGCACAAGAACUCCAAGGGCCAAUGGGACGGCUCUUCAUUUUGUCGUGCCAGUUACGAGGAAGACUUACCUCCAGCACCGUACACUGGGCCCGGUGCCAUCCAGGACAUGAGCACAGUUGUCGGCGAAGGUUUCAAGCCUGUUCGCGGAAAACUCACCGAGGGACGUUACCUGACUUUUGAAAGCAACGGACAGGCCCUGGCAGCCACUAAGUGCGGCGACAAGGCCACCGUGCAGGCGGCCACGGCCAAACACGAGAAAGCGGCCCAACGCUGGGUCAUUCACGUCGUCGAGCUCGGAGGUAGCGACUUUACCAUUAGCAAUGUCGACUGCAGCCAGUACAUCUGCACCGACGGUGCGCUCUGCGACAGCGCUGACACGGCCGCCGUCUUCACCCUCGGGUACAGCUCGGGCCAGGGUUAUACCCUGCUUGAGAAGGAUACGAGUGAGUACUGGGGCGUCAGCAGCGACAGCUCGCUAUCAUAUGGCGAGGAGCCUGGUUACUGGCAGCUGUUCAGCGUCAAGUACUAG